AUGAUACUGAGACGGAAACGACCGGCUUCCAUCUGCAACUCUGCCGGCAGAGUCACAGCACAGCUCCUGUUGUCGUUCCUUGCCGUAUCCGCCUCUCCAGCGGCUGCUACCUUCGCAAACGCAGAUCCCAUCUUCCCAGAGGUCCCUGGUUUAUCACCCUUGCUACCAGAGCCUCAACAGCCGGCAGAGCAUACCUUCACGCUCCGCCACAUCCUCCACCACGGAACCUAUCGGCACCCCGGCCUUCACCGGAGAAGGGAUAUAACACUACCAGAUACCGAGGUUUGGCUUUCGAGCGAGGACGAACAUGUCUCGGAGCGGAUCACGCCCCUGAAGGCGAAGAGCCGAGCUCGGAAGAUAGAGCGGAUGGUCGACAGACGACCAAGCACUGUGGAUCCGUUGGUUGCCGAAGCCCGGCAGCGAGGCUAUGUCCUUGCCAGUUCGCCAUCCGCCUGGACUAUCGAUGAAGUUCCGGGACCCGAUGUGACCGACAAGGAGACCGUUUUGUCUAUGGCCCUGAUUGCAGCGAAUGCCUACGUCGAAAACUCCGAGCUACCCGACUGGAAUGAAGUCGGCGAGCCCUUCAAUAGAAGUGCUGACUUUGGUUGGGAAAGUGAUGGAUUACGGGGCCAUAUCUGGGGUGACGAGUCAAACUCGACUAUCGUCAUCGGUCUCAAGGGAACCUCACCUGCCGUCUUUGAUGGAGAAGGCACGACUACCAACGACAAGGUCAACGAUAACCUCUUCUUCAGCUGCUGCUGUGCUCAGCAGGGCCAAUGGUCGUGGCAUCAGGUCUGCGAUUGCGCCACAGGCACGUACAGCUGCAACAACACGUGUGUGACCAAGGCCCUACGUGAAGAGAAUCGUUACUAUCAGGCUGCCAGAGAACUUUAUGCCAACGUUACAGAACUCUACCCAGAUUCGAACAUUUGGGUGUCUGGGCAUUCUCUAGGCGGAGCAGUCAGCUCGUUUCUUGGCCUCACCUAUGGCAUUCCCGUGGUCACUUUCGAAGCCGUCCCAGAAGCAUUGCCUGCUGGACGAUUAGGACUUCCAGUUCCACCGCAUGCUGAUCCUAACUUCCCCCAAACCCGCGAAUACUCGGGGGCGUCCCAUUUUGGGCACACGGCAGAUCCUAUUUACAUUGGAACCUGCAAUGGAGCAACCGCCUCGUGUUCUUUCGCAGGAUAUGCUCUGGAAUCGGCUUGCCACACUGGCUACGAAUGUGUUUACGACACUGUAGCAGAUCAUGGUUGGAGAGUAGGCAUUGGUACCCACAAGAUCCGAUCCGUGAUCAACGAUGUCAUCAAGAAGUACGAUGAUGUCCCAGAGUGCAAAUUCACUCCAGAAUGUCGAGAUUGCGCAAACUGGAAGAUGUACGAGAGCAACAGCACAGGUUCGACUACUUCAUCCAGCAGCUCGACUUCAUCGAAAACACGGACCCGGACGGCGACCUGCGAAACCCCUGGAUGGUGGGGAUGUCUGGAUGAAUCAACGACCACAGACGUGACGACAACAUCGACCAGUAGCAGUUCAACCUUGACCUGCAAGACGCCUGGUUGGUUUGGCUGCAAAGAUGAGACCACUACAACCAGCAGCGUCACUACAACCUCAAACACCUCGGCCGUUACAACUACCUCUUCUCCCACCAGCACCACUACUUGCGAGUCUCCAGGUUGGUGGGGUUGCAAGGACAUAACCACUACCACUGCCACAAGUUCUGCGACGCAGACUCAUCUAAUCACCUCACCCCCAUCUAUGCCAACGACCACUUCUAUAACAGAACCUCGCCCGGAGCCGACGGAACCUGCCAAAACUCAUUGUGCGCAUCGAAACUGGGUUGGCCAAUGCAAGGAGUGGAAACAGGACGGUGGCGAGAAUUCGAUCGGGGAGAACGAUGAGAUAUAG